AUGGCGGGUCGAGAGUUUGCGCAUGUUCAGCCGGACAAUGCCGAGAUCGAGCGCUCUGUGCUCUCGCAGGAGGUGGAGACGCUGCGGAACCGACUCGGUCUUCGCCAAGUAGACGUGUCGAAAGAAUGCGGUGUGAAUGCCAGUAUGUUGUCUCAGUGGAUGCUGGGAAGGUACAAAGGCAAUGUUGGACGGAUCAACGGGUUGAUGGAGUCGUGGCUGAUUCGUCGGCGCGGAGGGAAACCUAUGGAGAAGGCAAUGAUGUUGUUCAACUCGACGGCUAGCUCUCCAAAGCUGAAACGAAGAUUGGAAGAAAUGAACGAUCCUUUACAAGCUGCACGAAGAAAAGACGGCAUGAUCCUUGCUCAACGAAAACUGUACGACUACCCCAAGUUUCCGGCUCGCGACACUUUGCUAAUCCCUAUCGGACUCGACAUUGACAUUGAGGGCUAUCGAUACAUUGACUCCUUCUCAUGGAAUUUUUAUGAAAAAGAUUUUACGUACGAGACGUUUGCCGCAGCAUUAGUGAGGGAUUUGGACCUUCCGGAUUGCUUUUACAAACGCAUAGCCAAAUCGAUUCAGGAGCAGGUCGAAAAAGCGCAAAAGUCGCUUCCGUGGCACGAAGCCGUCACUAGCGAGAGUUUGCACCCGAUCUUUAUCAAUUUACGGCUAAAUGAUACCAUUUACAUUGACAAGUUUGAGUGGGACCUCAACGAUCCGAACAACUCACCCGAGCAAUUUGCACGGGUCGUAUGCGAAGACUUGGGUUUAAGCGGCCAGUUUGAGGCUCAAGUGGCUUUAACUAUCCGCGAACAGCUUCGCGACUACUCUAGACUCAUUCGAGAAGGCUUAAAAGACUCUGUCACUAGACUACCACCUGUUACAACAGCAUUCCGCGAUCGUCUUGACACAAAAGUUUGGGGUCCCUCUGUGAAGUUUAUUCUGGCGGAAGACAUCCCACAACUCGAGCGAGAGGACUUUAAACGGAUGAGGCCGUUGUCGCGGCCUACAGUGCAAAUGGUUCCACUGCCACCUCCGGUAGCGAGGCCUAACCGUCCACCUAAGCCAGUAAAUACCUUUCUCAUGUUCUGCAGGCAAAACCGAAAGAAGAUAAUGGCUGACCACCCCAGCACCAGUGCUAAGGAUGCGUCAAAGAUACUUGGAGAUAUGUGGCAGAAGCUGUCUGAAAAAGAACGAGCAAGCUACAUCCCGAUGACUGAUUUGGAAAAUCAGCGGCGGAUGAAUGAAUGGCAGAUGAAAGAGAAUGCGUUGAAUGGUAUUCACACAACACUUACUUCCGGUAUCGCUGGGGCAAACUCGACAGGACCUGCAACGUCUAUCUCUCCUGCGAUUCUAGGGUCUCCAGUGCUUCUCGGUCCUCGAGUCACUCCGAGUGUGGCCUCUUCGAUAGAUGAAGUGGACGAGGUGGACGUCGAAGAUGAGGAAGAUGACGAAGAAGACGACGACGAUAUCGCUAAUGCGACCAGUAUUGCUGUCUGA